AUUCAAUAAACUUGCUUUGGCGCCAUACAUCACUUCAAAGGCCGAAUGUUCUGUUGAUAACAAUAGCAUUGAGCCGGGGUACUCGAAUACGCUAUCAGCUAUUUAGACAAAUACGCAUAGAUUUCAAGUUAUUCGAAAUCUUAAUCUCUGACAGGGUGGCCAUGCGCAAGUCGAUUAUAUACAUUUUGCUGUGGAUUCUGGCGCUAAUCGGAGUCUGCUGCAGCUCUGUGCUCAAACAGCUUCUUCCCGACUAUAAUUACCAAAAACCUUCUUGGUCCCAGUUGUAUCCUGACUAUUACACCAGAGGUUAUACGCAGCAACAGGCAGAACGGACUGUUAAAUCUGCUCGGUCAUAUAAGGACAUCUGCAGGUUGGUUAACACCAAUGGAUUUACAAACCCCGGAGGAUUGCCUCUGUGCCCUUACUAACCU